AGAGAUUACUGGAGCCCAGAGUCUUGCCAGGGACGGAGUCUGAUGCAAGGCUCGAGUCUUCUGUACAUCUGCAUGUGAUCCAGGGACAGUAUCUUGUUCAGGGGCUGUGUCUGAUCCAGGAGCAGUGUCUGGUCCCGGAGAGUGUCUGAUCCAGGGACAGUAUCUUGUCCAGGAGGCAGUCACCUCUGCCGUUUACAGAGUCUGAUGCACAGCAGGCGUUGAGUGGUAGAGAUGGUUUUGGGUGUUGAUAUGAACUCUCUGUUGAGCUACGUGGAGCCAGUGGUGGUUGUUACCAAUGUGGCCAAUUCCCUCUUUGAUACAGCACUGCUGAUGGAGGUUUAUGACCAGCUAAAUAGGACAGUGGCUGGGAACAGUGAUCUGGUCCAGAAGGAAGUGGCCAGAUUCUACAUGAUUUACAACAUGAUCUACUCGUUGGCCCCCUUACUGACCACAGUGCUGUUGGGAAAGUGGGCAGAUCGGCAAGGCCAGAAGGUGCUGCUGGUCGUGCCAUUACUGGGCUACCUGCUGGGAAGGCUUUUGCUGCUGUUCACCCACAUUUUCCAGCUGCCGGUCAAUGUGAUGUUCGGCUCGGCUGUGAUUAAUGGGUUGGCUGGAGGAUUCCCAGCGUACUGGAGUGGGAUUAAUGCCAUCACAGCCCUGAGGUCAGAACCAGCCAAACGCAGUCUGAGGUUAAAUAUGCUGGAGGUGGCAUCAGGGAUGGCUGGAUUCAUUGGCAGCCUGGCAUCCGGCCACUUCUUUUUGAUGAAAGUUAAUAACCAACAUGGGAUCUUACUGAUCUGCCUGUGCCUGGUACUGUACUUACUAAGUCUGCUGUAUUCAGCAUUUAUCCUCCGUUAUCCUCCUGUUCAGCCACAACGUCAGCUCCGCACAGAGGUGAAUGACCCUAGCCCGAAGAGAUACAACGCACAGAUAGUGCUUCUCUUUAUCUGCUACCUCCUGUAUGAUUUUGGAGUGACUGGUGGUGAGAACAUCAUCAAAAUCUUUGUCCUGAAGCCCCCUUUGAGCUGGCAUGCGGUCUGGGUGGGCUAUGGGAACGCUGCCUGCUAUGUCAUGUUUCUGACCAGCUUCCUCGGAGUCCUCAUCCUCUCCAAAUGGCUGAGCGACCCGUCCCUGGUGUUGAUGGGCAUCAUCUCCAAUACGGCUGGAUUCAUCACCAUGGCCUUUGUGAGGAGGAGCUCGGUGUAUUUCAUUGCUCGCAGCAUGAUGGUAUUCUCCUGUAUUCCGUUGCCUACCAUUCGAGCUCAACUGUCGAAGCAAAUGGAAGGGGCCUCUUACGGUUCCAUCUUCGCCUGGUUCCAGUCAGCGAUGGCUUUAACAGACGUGAUUUCCACCGCUCUGUUCAACAGUCUGUACGCUGGCUCUCUCCAAUCGGAGAGUAACUUCCUUCUGCUCUUGGCGGCAGCGAUCUGUUGGUCCAGUACUGUACCAGUUGUGGUUUACAGCUGGAGAGAGAAAAGGGGAACUUAUAGCUCAAUUGCUGGCACAGACUCAGCACAACGACUGAUCACAGAGGAACAGUACUACAGUGAUGACAGCUGUAUGUUGUCUCUUUCGGAAUGACGAGUCACAGCUAGGAUGUGGAAAUCCAAUCGACUAAAAAGAGACUAAGAGGUUAAAGUUCAAAGGAAUUACAUUGGGACCUGCCCAGUAGGAACUUUCAUUUCUGAGUCUUAAAUUGAAAAUGAUUGGAGCUUUGAAAUGGGAGUUUUGUGUAGCUGUCAAACAUGCUGGGGCCUUUUGGGAAUGAUAGUCUGGUGGUAAUGUUACUGGACCUAAUCCAGGGAAAGGGAAUGUUGAGCAUUUAAAUCCAGCUUUAAAAAUGUCCCUGAGGUGAUCAGGUGGUCAAGAGAUCGCCAACUGAUUCACUGGUUACUUGAGGGAGGGAAAGCUACCAUCCUUGGUCAGUUUGAGUGUUAAUGUGGCUCCACUCCCAAAUCAAGAUGAAAGGAUCCCACAAACCCUUUUUUUAAUGAGAUCUCACAAACCCUUCGGUUUAUAAAAUAAUUCAAAGCAGCUGAAGGACAAUGAUUCCCACAUCCUGCGAUCGAAUGGAAGAUCAGCUGAAGUGAAUGAUAAUUAUCUGUUCAUUUAUAUUGUCAGAUAUUGCAUCUUGAAAGCAAUGUUGAUCUACCUCACAGUGGGAGCUUUCUGUUUGCUUAAUGACCCUGAUUUGUUCAUACAGCAGAGAAAUGUUUCAGGAUUCUGCAAUAGUGCACAGAACUGAGUUAUUUUUCCCUCACUGGUCAGAAUCUGUCACCCUGCUUACGUUAUAAACUGUCCAACUCUGGGCAACUGCCCAACACCACAUCCUUAUUGAAACCAGAAGCUCUGACUUACCCUUCCUGCUAUCAUCCAGUAAACGCACAAUUUACCAUCAGAGCAACACAAACCCACCCAGGUCAAGACGAGAGAUUGGCACUGAGUGAAUAAGCUGCUUAUAAAUGUCCGUCCAACCUCUUUCACAGUUGGAACAGCGAGAGGGCAAGGACUGAGCAAUUCCCUGGGAAACAUCAGCAUGACUUUGCUAAAAGGGAGGUUGUAUUUAACCAAUUUAUUGUGGCUCUUUGAAGAAAUAACAUGCACUGUGGAUAAGGGGGAGCUUGACAAUAUACAACACUUGGAUUGUCAGUGGGGUUUUGAUAGGAGGCCAUUUCAAGGAUUGUUGUGAAAUAAAAUGAAGUCUGAUUGAUGUAGGGGGUAACCUACAUCAUGGAUAGAAGACUGGCUUGCCAACAGGAAGUAGAGGGUACAGGUAGUUCCUCUAUAAUGCGAUGAUUGCGUCCUUGUGCAACCCCGCAUUAAGGACAAAUUGCUCUUUAAAAAUAGCAUUUAAAGUGUUGUAUCACAUUACAGCCAACACAGGUUUUAAAACUGAGCACUGUAGAAACCAUGCCCCCAAUUUGUCAAUCGCGUUACAGCGAGUUCAGGGGAAUGAAACGCGCGUUAUAGCAGAACAACCUGCAGUAAUAAAUAGCACUUUGUUUAGCAGGAUGUGACAAGUGAAGGCCAUCAUGAAUGAAGUUUUGUUGGACCAAUGCUAGACUAGUGUCAUUUACAUUAGAUUAGACUUACAGUGUGGAAACAGGCCCUUCGGCCCAACAAGUCCACACCGACCCGCCGAAGCGCAACCCACCCAUACCCCUACAUUUACCCCUUACCUAACACUAUGGGCAAUUUAGCAUGGCCAAUUCACCUGACCCGCACAUCUUUGUGACUGUGGGAGGAAACCGGAGCACCCGGAGGAAACCCACGCAGACACGGGGAGAACGUGCAAACUCCACACAGUCAGUCGCCUGAGUCGGGAAUUGAACCCGGGUCUACAGGCGCUGUGAGGCAGCAGUGCUAACCACUGUGCCACCGUGCCGCCCACAUGUUCAGCAUAACUGCCUAAUGUUUGCACUCUAUGUCUAUGUUGAAUUAUCCCAAAUGCUUUAUUAAUGGCUUAGUUAACUUGUACCUUUACUUGCAAAAAAAAGUUUGCAAAUAUUCUCUGAUGUCUCUUUUCUUUC